UACUCACAAAAAAGAAAAUUUCAUUCAAAAGGUUUUUUACAAGUUUUCAACAAUGGCUGCAAAAGGGGAGGGUCCAGCGAUCGGCAUCGAUCUUGGAACCACCUACUCAUGCGUCGGCGUUUGGCAGCACGAUCGUGUUGAGAUCAUAGCCAAUGAUCAGGGUAACCGGACGACGCCGUCCUACGUUGGUUUUACCGACACUGAGCGCUUGAUUGGCGAUGCCGCAAAGAACCAGGUCGCCAUGAACCCCGUCAACACUGUUUUUGAUGCAAAGCGUUUGAUUGGUAGGAGAUUCACUGAUGCCACAAUCCAGAGUGACAUGAAGCUAUGGCCUUUCAAGGUCAUUGCUGGUGCCGGCGACAAGCCAACAAUUGUGGUUAACUACAAGGGCGAGGACAAGCAGUUUGCUGCUGAGGAGAUCUCGUCUAUGGUUCUCACCAAGAUGCGUGAAAUAGCAGAAGCCUACCUCGGUUCAACCGUGAAGAAUUCCGUUGUCACAGUCCCGGCAUACUUCAACGACUCUCAAAGACAAGCCACGAAGGAUGCCGGUGUGAUUGCGGGCAUGAACGUUAUGCGUAUCAUUAACGAGCCAACUGCAGCCGCCAUUGCCUAUGGACUUGACAAGAAAGCAACUAGUGUUGGUGAGAAGAAUGUCCUCAUCUUUGAUCUUGGUGGUGGCACUUUCGAUGUUUCGCUUCUUACGAUCGAAGAGGGUAUUUUCGAGGUCAAAUCUACCGCUGGUGACACUCAUCUCGGGGGUGAAGAUUUUGAUAACAGAAUGGUGAAUCAUUUCGUGCAAGAGUUUAAGAGGAAGAACAAGAAGGACAUUAGCAAUAACCCCAGAGCACUGAGGAGAUUGAGAACAUCUUGUGAGAGAGCAAAGAGGACUCUUUCUUCCACUGCUCAAACAACAAUUGAGAUUGAUUCGCUGUUUGAGGGUAUUGAUUUUUACUCCACCAUAACCAGAGCGAGAUUCGAGGAGCUCAACAUGGAUCUCUUCCGAAAGUGUAUGGAGCCGGUGGAGAAGUGUUUGAGGGAUGCUAAGAUGGACAAGAGCACUGUCCAUGAUGUUGUUCUCGUCGGCGGUUCUACUAGAAUUCCCAAGGUGCAGCAACUAUUGCAGGAUUUUUUCAAUGGUAAGGAGCUUUGCAAGAGCAUCAACCCUGACGAAGCAGUUGCGUAUGGUGCGGCCGUGCAAGCUGCCAUUUUGAGCGGUGAGGGAAAUGAGAAGGUGCAGGACUUGCUCUUGUUGGAUGUCACCCCUCUUUCACUUGGAUUGGAGACUGCCGGUGGAGUUAUGACUGUUCUUAUCCCGCGAAACACUACGAUUCCCACCAAGAAAGAACAGGUUUUCUCAACCUAUUCGGAUAACCAACCUGGUGUGUUGAUUCAGGUAUAUGAAGGUGAAAGAACAAGAACUAGAGACAAUAACUUGUUGGGCAAGUUUGAGCUCUCAGGCAUCCCUCCGGCUCCAAGGGGUGUGCCCCAGAUCACCGUUUGCUUUGAUAUCGAUGCGAAUGGAAUCUUAAAUGUCUCUGCUGAGGACAAAACCACCGGGCAGAAGAAUAAGAUCACGAUCACCAAUGACAAAGGUAGAUUGUCGAAGGAGGAAAUCGAGAACAUGGUUCAAGAGGCGGAGAAGUACAAGGCAGAGGACGAGGAUCACAAGAAGAAAGUGGAGGCCAAGAAUGCACUCGAAAACUAUGCUUACAACAUGAGGAACACGGUGAGGGAUGAAAAGAUUGGUUCGAAGCUCAAUCCGGCGGACAAGAAGAAAAUCGAGGAUGCAGUCGAAGACGCCAUUCAGUGGCUUGACGGGAACCAGCUCGGUGAUUGUGAUGAGUUUGAGGACAAGAUGAAAGAGCUUGAGAACCUCUGCAAUCCCAUCAUUGCCAAGAUGUAUCAGGGUGCCGGUGCUGAUGUGGGUGGCGGAGCCCCGGACGAAGAUGCUCCUCCGGCGGCUUCAGGUGGUGCUGGACCGAAGAUCGAGGAAGUUGAUUAAGAUAAAUUUUUUCAGUUCCAUGAACUGCUCUUUUGGUUUGGGCAAUCACAGUAUGUAGUUGGAUAUGUCUAUGUUGCGAAUUUAGUUUUUUUAUUGGUGCUAUGGUUUAUGAAUUUCGGUUCAUAUUUUUCAUUUUCCAUCCUACUCU